UCGCUAAACAUCAGCUGUGUUCACAGGAAGGCUCAGGGCUGCUCUCGUGUCUCGACUAGCCCAGAAGUCUCGUUAACCCUCCGAACAUGCCGAAGCCAAUCGUACAGGAGGGUGAGGACCCCGAUCCAACCCCGUACCUGUUCGUGUCUCUGGAACAGAAGCGCAUCGACCAGAGUAAGCCCUACGACGGCAAGAAGGCAUGCUGGGUUCCGGACGAGAAGGAGGGUUUCCUCCAGGGCGAGAUCAAGGCUACCAAGGGCGACCUGGUGACCGUCAGCCUGCCUGGUGGCGAGACGAAAGACUUCAAGAAGGAUCUUGUAGGCCAGGUCAACCCGCCCAAGUACGAAAAAUGCGAGGACAUGUCCAACUUGACAUACCUCAACGACGCUUCGGUUUUGUAUAACUUGAAGCAGAGAUAUUACCAUAAGCUUAUCUACACGUACUCUGGUCUCUUCUGCGUGGCUAUCAACCCCUACAAGAGAUUCCCCGUGUACACGACCCGAUGCGCCCGCCUGUACCGUGGCAAGCGCCGCUCGGAGGUGCCUCCCCAUAUCUUCGCCAUUUCUGACGGCGCUUACGUCAACAUGUUGACCAACCACGAGAAUCAAUCUAUGUUGAUUACCGGUGAGUCUGGUGCCGGAAAGACUGAGAACACGAAGAAGGUAAUUGCGUACUUCGCCACCGUCGGUGCGUCCCAGAAGAAGGACCCCAACCAGGAGAAGAAGGGAUCCCUGGAAGACCAGGUCGUCCAGACUAACCCUGUGCUUGAAGCCUUCGGUAACGCCAAGACCGUCCGUAACGACAACUCUUCCCGUUUCGGUAAAUUCAUCCGUAUCCACUUCGGUCCCUCUGGAAAACUGGCUGGUGCUGAUAUCGAGACUUACCUGCUCGAGAAGGCCCGUGUCAUCUCCCAGCAAGCUCUUGAGCGUUCUUACCACAUCUUCUACCAGAUGAUGUCCGGCUCCGUUGAUGGACUGAAGGGAAAGUGCAUUUUGUCGAACGACAUUAAUGACUACAACAUCGUCGCGCAAGGCAAGACUGUCAUUCCUGGCGUUGAUGACGGCGAGGAAAUGAGGCUUACUGAUCAAGCUUUCGACAUCCUUGGUUUCACCCAAGAGGAGAAGGACAACGUAUACAAGAUCACCGCCGCUGUCAUGCACAUGGGUGGCAUGAAGUUCAAGCAGAGGGGUCGCGAAGAGCAGGCUGAGGCCGAUGGCAUGGAGGAAGGUGAACGCGUUGCCAAGCUCCUUGGUGUCGAUUGCCAGGAUUUGUACAAGAACUUGCUUAAGCCCCGCAUCAAGGUCGGCAAUGAGUUCGUCACCCAGGGCCGUAACAAGGACCAGGUCACCAACUCCGUCGGUGCCCUCUGCAAGGGUGUCUUCGAUCGUCUCUUCAAGUGGCUCGUCAAGAAGUGUAACGAGACUCUUGACACCAAGCAGAAGAGGCAGCACUUCAUUGGUGUACUGGAUAUCGCCGGUUUCGAAAUCUUCGACUACAACGGUUUCGAGCAACUCUGCAUUAACUUCACCAAUGAGAAGCUGCAGCAGUUUUUUAACCACCACAUGUUCGUACUUGAACAAGAAGAGUACAAGAAGGAGGGCAUCAACUGGGCGUUCAUCGAUUUUGGCAUGGACUUGCUCGCUUGUAUCGAUCUGAUCGAGAAGCCCAUGGGUAUCCUCUCCAUCCUUGAGGAAGAGUCUAUGUUCCCGAAAGCCACCGAUCAGACCUUCGUCGAGAAGUUGAACAACAAUCACUUGGGCAAGUCGCCCCCGUUCCUGAAGCCCAAGCCUCCCAAGCCCGGCUGCCAGGCUGCCCAUUUCGCCAUUGGCCAUUAUGCCGGCAACGUCGGUUACAACAUCACUGGCUGGCUUGAGAAGAACAAGGACCCCCUUAACGACACUGUCGUAGACCAGUUCAAGAAGGGCUCCAACAAACUGUUGAUUGAAAUCUUCGCUGACCAUCCUGGUCAGUCCGGUGGUGCUGAUGCCGGUGGCGGCGGCAAGGGCGCUGGAGGCAAGCGUGCUAAGGGUUCUGCCUUCCAGACUGUAUCAUCGCUCUACAGGGAACAACUUAACAACCUGAUGACAACUCUGAGGUCGACCCAGCCUCACUUCGUACGUUGUAUCAUCCCCAACGAGUUGAAACAGCCUGGUCUCAUCGACUCCCACCUUGUCAUGCACCAGCUGACCUGUAACGGUGUGUUGGAAGGCAUCCGUAUUUGCCGUAAAGGUUUCCCCAACAGGAUGGUGUACCCUGACUUCAAGCUCCGCUACAAGAUCCUGGCCCCUCAAGCUGUGGACAAGGAAUCCGAUCCUAAGAAGAUCGCCCAAGUCAUCCUGGACGCCACAGGCUUGGAUGUCGAAUCGUACCGUCUCGGUCACACCAAGGUGUUCUUCCGCGCUGGUGUCCUGGGUCAGAUGGAAGAGAUGCGUGACGACAGGCUGUCCAAGAUUGUGUCUUGGCUCCAGGCCUACAUCCGCGGUUACCUGUCCCGCAAGGAGUACAAGAAGCUGCAGGAACAGAGGGUCGCCCUCCAAGUUGUCCAGCGCAACUUGCGCAAAUACCUGCAACUCCGCACCUGGCCCUGGUGGAAGUUGUGGCAGAAGGUCAAGCCCCUCCUCAACGUCACCCGCGUCGAGGAUGAGCUCGCGAAACUGGAAGAAAAGGCCAACAAGGCGAUCGAGGCUCUCGAGAAGGAGGAGAAACUCCGCAAGGAGUUGGAGGUCCUCAACGCCAAGCUGCUGGAGGAGAAGACCGCUCUGCUCGGCUCGCUCGAGGGCGAGAAGGGUUCGCUGUCUGAAGUCCAGGAGCGCGCUGCCAAGCUCCAGGCCCAGAAGUCUGACCUGGAGUCUCAGCUAAGGGACACCCAGGACCGUCUGACCCAGGAGGAGGAUGCCCGCAACCAGCUGUUCCAGAACAAGAAAAAGUUGGAACAGGAGGUCUCUGGCCUCAAGAAGGACGUCGAGGAUCUCGAACUGGCCGUCCAGAAGUCCGAGCAGGACAAGGCCACCAAGGACCACCAGAUCCGCAACUUGAACGAUGAGAUCGCCCACCAAGAUGAGCUCAUCAACAAACUGAACAAGGAGAAGAAGAUGCAAGGCGAGUCCAACCAGAAGACUGGUGAGGAACUCCAGGCCGCUGAGGACAAGGUCAACCACCUCAACAAGGUUAAGCAGAAGCUCGAGCAGACCCUCGACGAGCUGGAGGACUCUCUGGAACGCGAGAAGAAGCUGCGCGGUGAUGUUGAGAAGCAGAGGAGGAAGGUUGAGGGCGACCUCAAGCUGACCCAGGAGGCCGUCGCUGACCUCGAGCGCAACAAGAAGGAGCUGGAGCAGACCAUCCAGCGCAAGGACAAGGAGAUCUCCUCCCUGACCGCCAAGCUCGAGGAUGAGCAGUCCCUUGUCAGCAAGCUGCAGAAGCAGAUCAAGGAACUGCAGGCCCGCAUCGAGGAGCUCGAGGAAGAAGUCGAGUCCGAGCGCCAGGCUCGCGCCAAGGCUGAGAAGCAGCGCGCGGACCUCGCUCGUGAACUCGAGGAGCUUGGCGAGCGCCUUGAGGAGGCCGGUGGUGCUACCUCUGCCCAGAUCGAGCUUAACAAGAAGCGCGAGGCCGAGCUCAGCAAGCUGCGCCGCGAUCUGGAAGAGGCCAACAUCCAGCACGAGUCCACCCUCGCCAACUUGCGCAAGAAGCACAACGAUGCCGUCGCCGAGAUGGGUGAGCAGCUCGACCAGCUCAACAAGCUCAAGGCCAAGGCUGAGAAGGAACGUUCUCAGUACUUUAGCGAAGUCAAUGACCUCCGCGCUGGUCUCGACCACGUGUCCAACGAAAAGGCUGCCCAGGAGAAGAUCGCCAAGCAGCUCCAGCACCAGCUCAACGAAGUCCAAAACAAGGCUGACGAGGCUAACCGCACCCUCAACGACCUGGAUGCCGCCAAGAAGAAGAUGUCCAUUGAGAACUCAGACCUGCUCCGCCAACUGGAGGAGGCCGAGUCUCAGGUGUCGCAGCUUUCCAAGAUCAAGGUGUCGCUCACCACUCAGCUGGAGGACACCAAGAGGCUCGCCGACGAGGAGGCUAGGGAACGCGCCACCCUUCUUGGCAAGUUCCGCAACCUCGAGCACGACCUGGACAACAUUCGCGAACAGGUCGAGGAGGAGGCCGAAGGCAAGGCUGAUCUUCAGCGCCAGCUUUCCAAGGCCAACGCCGAGGCCCAGAUCUGGCGCUCCAAGUACGAGUCCGAGGGUGUUGCCCGCUCCGAGGAGCUCGAGGAGGCCAAGCGCAAGCUCCAGGCCCGCCUCGCCGAAGCCGAGGAGACCAUUGAGUCCCUCAACCAGAAGGUUGUUGCCCUCGAGAAGACCAAGCAGCGCCUCGCCACCGAGGUCGAGGACCUGCAGCUCGAGGUCGACCGUGCUACCGCCAUCGCCAACGCCGCCGAGAAGAAGCAGAAGGCCUUCGACAAGAUCAUUGGAGAAUGGAAGCUCAAGGUCGACGACCUCGCCGCCGAGCUCGACGCCAGCCAGAAGGAAUGCCGCAACUACUCCACCGAAUUGUUCCGUCUCAAGGGUGCCUACGAGGAAGGCCAGGAACAGCUCGAGGCUGUCCGCCGCGAGAACAAGAACCUCGCCGACGAAGUCAAGGACCUGCUCGACCAGAUCGGCGAAGGUGGCCGCAACAUCCACGAAAUCGAGAAGGCCAGGAAGCGUCUGGAAGCCGAGAAGGACGAGCUGCAGGCCGCUCUCGAGGAGGCUGAGUCCGCCCUUGAACAGGAGGAGAACAAGGUCCUGCGCGCUCAGCUCGAGCUGUCCCAGGUCCGCCAGGAGAUCGACCGCCGCAUCCAGGAGAAGGAGGAGGAGUUCGAAAACACACGCAAGAACCACCAGCGCGCCCUCGACUCCAUGCAGGCUUCCCUGGAAGCCGAAGCUAAGGGCAAGGCUGAGGCCCUGCGCAUGAAGAAGAAGUUGGAGGCCGACAUCAACGAGCUCGAGAUCGCCCUCGACCACGCCAACAAGGCUAACGCCGAGGCCCAGAAGAACAUCAAGCGUUACCAGGCCCAGAUCAAGGACCUGCAGACCGCCCUCGAGGAGGAGCAGCGCGCCCGCGACGAUGCCCGCGAACAGCUGGGUAUCUCUGAGCGUCGCGCCAACGCCCUCCAGAACGAACUGGAAGAGUCCCGCACUCUUCUGGAACAGGCCGAUCGCGCUCGCCGCCAGGCCGAACAGGAGUUGGGCGAUGCUCACGAACAGCUUAACGAGCUGUCCGCCCAGAGCGCCUCCCUCUCCGCCGCCAAGAGGAAGCUCGAGUCCGAGCUGCAGACCCUCCACGCCGACCUCGACGAGCUCCUCAACGAGGCUAAGAACUCCGAAGAGAAGGCCAAAAAGGCCAUGGUUGACGCCGCCCGCCUCGCUGAUGAGCUCCGCGCCGAGCAGGAGCACGCCCAGACCCAGGAGAAACUCCGCAAGGCCCUUGAGCAACAGAUCAAGGAACUGCAAGUCAGGUUGGAUGAGGCUGAAGCGAACGCCCUCAAGGGAGGCAAGAAGGCUAUCCAGAAACUCGAACAGAGAGUCAGGGAGCUCGAGAACGAGCUUGAUGGUGAACAGAGGAGGCACGCUGACGCACAGAAGAACCUGCGCAAGUCCGAGAGGCGUAUCAAGGAGCUCACCUUCCAGGCCGAGGAGGACCGCAAGAACCACGAGCGUAUGCAGGACCUCGUCGACAAACUGCAACAGAAGAUCAAGACCUACAAGAGGCAGAUCGAAGAGGCAGAAGAGAUCGCCGCUCUUAACUUGGCUAAGUUCCGCAAGGCGCAGCAGGAGCUUGAGGAGGCCGAGGAGCGAGCAGACCUAGCCGAGCAGGCCAUCAGCAAGUUCCGAGGCAAGGGCCGCGCGGGAUCCGCUGCGCGAGGAGUCAGCCCGGCGGCGUCCGUAAAAGGGCGCGUUUAGUGAACCAAGGAGAGAUCCCCAGCGCCCGCGCCCCGCCUUCGACGGCUUCGGUACCUUCCCACCAAGGUUCGACCUGGCUAAUGAAGAUUUCUAAACGUUCCACAAAACCAAAACGGACUGUACAGAUUUUCGUUGUUAAUCUAACAUAAUUUUUUAUACAUAGCAGUUAAAAUGCGUGAAACGAAAACUGUAAAUUUAAAACCAAAAAAACUUUAUACACUUUAGUAUUCUAAUCUUUUUACGAAAAGCUAUUUUGUAACUUGUUGAUAUUUAUUUAUUUAUUGCUGAUGUAUGUAUCGAGAGUGGGGGUGGCGGGGCACGCGGAGCGACCGCCGCGAUCCCAGAGACACGCCUACCAGCCCCUUUACCGGCGCUCGCGCCGCGCGCCUCUGUGCCCUCUUUGACAUCUAAUAAAGCGAUAUCGUUGUCAUAAAACAUUUAAAA